AUGCUGUCUCUAUGUCCUUCACCUGUGCCAAUCACCUGCAUCUUCAUGUGCUACCUGCUCCUCAUAGGGGUGGGCCCCAAGCUGAUGGCUCAGACAGCCAGUCAACCUCAGCCUGUGCUCAUCGUUUACAACUUUGCCAUGGUCUGCAUGUCUGCCUGCAUGUUCUAUGAGUUCAUAGCGUCCUCCUGGUUGGCAAACUAUAGUUUAUUAUGUCAGCCUGUGGACUACAGCACCAGCUCAGUUCCUGAACAGAUGGCCAAGGUCCGCUGGUGGUUUUACUCCUCCAAAGUCAUCGAGCUCAGUGACCUGGUGUUCUUCAUCCUGAGGAAGAAGAACAGUCACUUGACCUUCCUACAUGUCUACCGCCACGGCACCAUGAUCUUCAACUGGUGGGCUGGGGUCAAGUACGUGGCAGGAGUACGCUUCCUUAUAGGCCUUAUCAACUCAUUGGUGCAUGUGGUGAUGUAUCUGUACUACUGGCUAGCAGCUCUAGGGCAUCAUAUGCAGAGAUAUCUUUGGUGGAAGCGCUAUCUCACCUUCCUGCAGCUGCUCCACUUCCUCAUAGUGACCAUCUACACCAGCACCAACCUGUUCACUGACUGCCAAACCUCUACCAGAGCUAGCUCACCAAGAACAGCAAACAGACAUGGAAGGAAUGCAGAGAGACUCAGUAACAGGGCACUGGGCACAGCAGACUCUGAACAUGUCAACAAGACUGAAUAUGUCACCCACUUCAACAAAGAAGGCUCUCUUCCUAUCGCAAAUCGAAGGGCAAUAAACCUCCCCCUCAUCUCCAUUGGAGAUGGGAGGCAGUGCAGGGACUUCCUGCGGAUAUGGCAGGGAGUGCAAUCCAUAGAAGACGCAACCUCUACUGCAUUCCACACUGCCCACACCCACCUAAAUAAGAGGAAUACCAGUGUGAGAAUGCUGUUCAUUGACUACAGCUCAGCGUUCAACACCAUUGUCCCUUCCAAACUCGCUAUCAAGCUUAGGACACUAGGACUGAACACCUCUCUCUGUAACUGGGUCCUGGACUUCCUGACGGGCCGACACCAGGUGUUGAGGGUAGGCAACAUCACCUACGCCAUGCUGACCCUCAACAUGGGGGUUCCAAAGGUGCGUGUGCUUAGUCCAGUCCUGUACUCCCUGUUCACCCACGACUUCAAGUUGUUAGGUGUCUAA